AUGGCCUCGCCCGGUAUGAUGCAGUCGGGCCUGUCCCGGGAGCUCUUCGAGUCGUGGUGUACUGACCCUAAGAAUGGAGUCAUUAUUGCUGGUUACUGUGUAGAGGGCACGUUAGCGAAAACGAUUCUCUCGGAGCCUGAGGAGAUCACAUCCAUGUCGGGUCAGAAGCUGCCUCUCAAGAUGUCAGUGGACUACAUCUCGUUCUCAGCUCACACAGACUACCAGCAGACGUCGGAGUUUAUCAACAUUUUGAAACCACCGCAUGUGGUGCUGGUGCACGGCGAGCAGAACGAGAUGUCGCGGCUCAAGGCGGCGCUGCAGCGCGAGCACCGCGGCCGGCUGCAGAUCCACACGCCGCGGAACACGCAGCAGCUCGCACUCACCUUCCGCGGGGACAAGACCGCCAAGGUAAUGGGAUCAUUGGCCGUAGAGAAACCAGAGCCAGGCAAACAGCUACAGGGUAUUCUAGUCAAAAGGAAUUUUAAUUAUCACAUACUGGCGCCCUCCGAUCUUAACAAGUACACGGAGCUGACGUCGUCGGAGGUGACGCAGCGGCAGUCGAUCCACUACGGGGGGUCGGUGGGGCUGGUGCGCCACGUGGUGAUGCAGCUGGCCGGCGCCAUCGACUUCCUCAGCGAGACGCGCUGGCGCGUCUACAACUGCGUCGACCUCACGCUCGACAACAACACCAUCACGCUGGAGUGGUCGGCCCAGCCCGUGACGGACAUGUACGCGGACGCGCUGGUGGCGGCCAUCCUCAGCGCGUCGCAGCUCCCCGCCCCGCGGCACCUCCCCCUCGCCCCCAAGCUCGACAGGAUGCACUUCAAGGAGUGCGCUAUCGAGAUGCUGCAAGAGAUGUUCGGUGAGGACUCCGUCCCGAAGAUAUUCAAAGGAGACAAGCUGCACGUCACCGUGGACGACAAGCGAGCCGACAUAGACCUACUCAAUAUGGAGGUGAGUUGUCCUGCGGACGAGGCGCUGGAGCGCGUGGUGCAGUCGGCUGUGAGCAAGCUCUACGCGGCGCUGGCGCCCGUCAGGCCUCCCCCACCGCCCGCUGAGUGA